CUGUCUCUCUCUCUCUUUCACACUCAUUCUCUUUGUUUUGUACUGUUUAUUUCCAUUUUUCUUGUCUUUUCUGAUCAUAUUUCUUUUUUUUCCCCUUGAAAAUUGGAUCCCCCGGUUUAGUUGGGAGGUUGAUGUUCUUUUACCAAUUUAAAUCGGAAAGUGCCUCUUUUCUGUAAAAUCAGUAGCAGAAAUGGCGUUUUUUUUUUAAUUUUUUAUAAAUAUGGUUUUGAAUCUCUAUCAUGUUGUUUAUGAUUUGAGUAUAGCUGGUUGGCUUUAGUUAUUAAUUAGUAUCAGAAGUCGAAAACUAAAAGUUGUUUGUAAGUUUGUGGAUACAUAUGUUAGUGAGUUUUGGAUCUGAAUGAAACUGGAGAAUAAACAGGACAAAAGUGCUAGGGUCUUUUAUCUGAUCUGCAUCUGGUACUGGAUGGGUCAUGGGUGUAUUGGACGGUUUGCGUGGUUCUAGUUACUUCUACUUUGUACCACUUCAGAUUCUCCAACGUGAGGUCUUAUUCGGAAGUUUGGCUUCUGUUUUUUAUUAUUUUUUUUCAGAAUCACCUCGAGCUACGGCUGAGCUUGUUUUUUGACACGGGAUUCUUAAUGAUUUGUCGGUUUUGAACUUAAGUUUUUGAUAAUCGGACUAAGUGUGAAAGUUUUGCUCUUCAUGGUUCCAAAAUUUUUCUUUUCCUCAGCUGCAAUUUGCUAUUUCAGUUUGUUUACUAAAAUGGGGGUUUCAGGGGAACUGAUUUACUUGAUUGUGGGUUAAAUCAACAGUAGAAUUUUAUGUAUGCAGUUUGUUGUUUUUGGGUUUUACUCGGCUAGUCCAUUGAUAGAUCAGGGUGAAUUUUCUGCUUCACUGACUGAUUUUUACCACGUUGCUGAACUUUGGAUCUGUAUAUGAAGAAACCAAUACAAAUCAAACUGAGACUUACACUCGAUCUCCUUCAAGUGGAUGCUAUAGAAAAGACAGCUCCCUAAACUCAAGCUGCUUCCACUACUUGAAGUUUCCCAAAAAUGGGGUCUUAUAUGAACUUCAAGAACUUCAGUGAUGUUCCGCCUGCGAAUGGUAGUAAUGGGAAGCCGCAGGGAAAUUACCCGUUGGCUCGGCAGCCUUCAGUAUACUCCUUGACCUUUGAUGAGUUCCAGAACACCUUGGGUGGUUUUGGAAAGGAUUUUGGAUCCAUGAACAUGGAUGAACUUUUGAAAAAUAUAUGGACUGCUGAGGAGACUCAAGCCGUGACAGCUUCAGCUGGUGCCAGAGAAGGAAAUGUCCCGGGUGGCAAUUUGCAGAGGCAAGGAUCUUUGACAUUGCCACGGACACUUAGUCAGAAAACAGUUGAUGAAGUUUGGAGAGACUUGCUGAUUAGGGAAAGCAGCUGUGGUGGUGUUCCAGAUGGGAAUGGAAAUGGGGGAUCAAAUGUGCCGCAGAGGCAACAAACUCUAGGAGAGAUGACAUUAGAAGAGUUUUUACUGAGAGCUGGCGUGGUGAGAGAAGAUACUCAAUCAAUUGGAAGGCCUAAUAAUAGUGGAUUCUACGGUGAACUAUCAGUACCAAAUGAUAACACUGGUUUAUCCUUUUGUUUUCAACAGCCAGUUCGAAGUAAUGGGGUUUUGGGUAAUCAGAUAAUAGAGAACAAUAAUCCAGUUCCUAAUCAGCCUUCUAAUUUAGCAAUGAAUGUAGGCGGGCUAAGGUCUUCUCAGCAACAAAUUCAGCAGCAGCAGCUGCAACAGCCGCUCUUCCCCAAGCCUUCAACUGUGGCUUUUGCCUCUCCCAUACAUCUUGCAAACAAUGCUCAGCUUGCUAGCCCUCAAAAUAGGGGUACAAUGGUUGGAGUUGCAGAGCCUUCUGUGAAUACUGCUUUGGUUCAGGGUGGAGGAAUUGGCGUGGUUGGUGUGGGUCGUGGGGCUGUCACUAGUAUGGCUGGGUCCACUGCAAGUCAGAUAUCAUCAGAUGUCAUUUCAAAGAGUAGCGUCGAUACCUCGUCAUUGUCACCAGUUCCAUACCUAUUUAACCGGGGAAGGAAAUGCGGUGGGGCUUUGGAGAAAGUGGUCGAGAGAAGGCAAAGGAGAAUGAUCAAGAACAGAGAGUCAGCUGCAAGAUCACGGGCUCGUAAGCAGGCAUAUACCUUGGAACUGGAAGAAGAAGUUGCAAAACUCAAAGAAAUGAACCAAGAGUUGCAGAAAAAACAGGCAGAAAUUAUGGAGCUGCAGAAAAACCAGAUAAUAGAGAAGAUGAAUCGGCAGUGGGGAAGUAAAAGAAGAUGCCUGAGAAGGACACUGACUGGCCCUUGGUAGAGAUGAUGAAACCGAUUGUGAAUAGAAAGAAAUGGUGCUUUUUGAGUACACAGAUGUAGGCAGUUGAUCAUUGAUGUAGUAGUGUAAUGGUUAAGAGUGUGUGCACAUGUCAUCUGACAAUCAGUCUUAUACUACAAAGUUUAGGUAGCUAAAAAGAUAGAGCUUGUGUUGUAAAUUAAAACUGAGAUUAGUUUUAUGUUGCAAAUUGAAGCUUUUGUUGUUUGCGCCGUUACUAUUUGCAAACCCUUUAUUUUUUUGAGUAAUGCUAGGUAUAAAUGUAAAUGUAUAAGUUUUGUACAAACUUUUUGUAAAAAUGUGGGUUUAUCAAGAAAAAGUUUAGUUUCUCACA